CCAUGUUGCUCGUGGUGGAUGGAGGUUCAAGUUAUCCCAUGUUGCUUGGCAGAUGGAGGUGGUGGCUCGUGGCACUGCAGCAGUGGCGCUCAUAUAGGGUCCUAGAGGGAGUAGACUUGCAUUCAUACCAUGCGUGCGUCCCUCUCUACCCCAGUCCACCCCUCGCUUGCUAAGCUUGCUGCUGUGGUGCCGUGGGCCACCAUCGCCGUGCGCCUUCCCCCUCCCACGCAUUCGUUUUUGAAAUUCUCACUCCCGCAUAUCCUGUUUUGAUAUCCUGCCCUCACUCGCCAUGCACUUGUGUUCUACAGCCUAUCUAUUCGUCCUGGGCUAACUCCCUGCGUUUACUUCCCCUUUCCCCUGUCCGCCUGUGCCUUCUCUUCCCAUCCCUUCCCCUCCUCCCAGGGCGACUGGAGUGGGGGCAGCAGAGCGGGCAUCAGAGCAGCACACAGGCGAGUGGCGUGGAGUGGUGGCAGUAGCAGCAAGCAUCAGAGCAGCACUGACGUCUGCAGCAACACUUGGAGGCAGCAGCGACAAAAGUCAGCACCACGACCCAUGGGUUGCUCUGGGAACACCGAGCUGCCCUCUCUGCCUGCACUGCUGCUGCCACAACCGCUGCUACAGCUGCCCUCAGAUGUCUGUGAAGGCUUCCAGCUGCCGUCAUCUGCCUUCGGCUGCAGCUGCUGCUACGGCUGGUGCUGCUGCUGUGGUGCUGAGGCUGGGGUGGAGUGCAGUGGGAUGACGCACGGCAAGGCCCUAUGGGCAUGCCCUGCUGACCACUACACUCCUCCACGCGCACGGCAAGGCCCUAUGGUCACGCGCCGGGUGAGGACGGGUGGAGUGAACCUGCAUGCGGCAGGGCGUCUGUCAGUGGGAGGCGCGGAGUGCUCUCGCCUGCUCCGAUUCGCCACCCGCAUCCGUCCCCAGCUGCUGCGAGGAGGUGUAACGGGGCUGACUGCUGCUCCCGCGUUGCCUAUCCUCCCAUGGCUAAGUUCCCUCCUCCGAACCUGCCCCUUGCCCCUCGCGCUCCCCCCUCCCCCAACCCCCCUUCGCUGUCGUCAUCACUCUCUUUUACUGCUGCAAUUUCCUUUCAAAUCGGAUCUGAAGUUGCUUGGCGGAUAACGGUGGUGGUCCUGGCACGGCGGCAGAAGAGUUCAUAUAGAGUUUAGAGGGAGACUUGCAUGCAUGCCAUGCGCGCGUCCCUCUCUACCCCAGCCCACCCCUCGCUUGCUAAGCUUGCUGCUGUGGUGCCGUGGGCCACCGUCGCCAUGCGCCUUCCCGCUCCCACAAGCUUUCGGAUCUGAAACACUUGUUUUUCUGCCUCGAUUCUCAUUCUCACUCUUACUUUCAGCUUUCCGUCACCGCCACCGCCACCGCCACCGCCAACAACACCUCCCGGCCCUCUCUGCCGGCGCUGCUGCUGCCUCAACUCCGUCUGCAGCUGUUUGUGAAGGCAGUGGGAGCAGCUGCAGCGCACAAGGGCAGGCGGAUUGCGCACAAGGGGAGGAGAAGCAUGCAAAAGGGGAGGAGCAGCACCAUCCACCAUCCUCCACACUCCCUCCUCCUCUCACCUCUCAUUCCUCCUCCUCCGGCUGUCAGGGUCGCCCAAGGGACCCCUCCCCAGGUGACAGCUGGUAACUGCUAACUGCCAACGGGUAAGUAGGUGCGUGGGUAAGCGGGUAAGUGGGUGAGUGGGUAACUGCUGGUAUGGUAUGGAAACUUGGUGCCGACCCUGGCAGCUGCCAUCACCACACCCCUCCUCGCAGCGGCUCACCCACCCUAUCGCCCAGCGGCUGUUUGACUUGGCAAACCGACACUCCGACUGCCUGGCUGCCCACCUGCAACACUUCAACGCUCAACACUCCGACACUCUGAAACUCCCACAACUCCAACCCUUCAACGCUUUAGCGCUUUCUGUCCAGCCACAGUUUGCCGCUUCUUCUGUGCAUUUUGUUCUUCUUCUGUUCAUCCUUCAUUGCUCGUCGCUUUUUCUCAUUCACGCCUUCAACCUCCGUUGCUUGUCGCCUUUCCUCUCUAUCACUCGCUUACUCACCCCUCGCUGCUCCGUUCACUUGUCCACCCCCUCCCCUUGACCUCCCCGCCUUCCCCUUCCCAUCCCAGCAGGCCACCUAAACCUUUCCUCCCGUACUUAAGUGUAAGGGAGCCUUGGGGAGGGGGCUUGGCGCGCUGCUGGGAGCAUACUCCUGUGUGACGCCCUCCUGUGUGACUCCCUGCCAAUCUCAUGCCCAGAGGAGGGCAAGCAGCAUCGGCGGCAGGGAGGGGGAGGAGGGCGGUGGGAUGACGCACGGCAGGUGGAGUGCCCUGCUGACCACUGCCCUCGCUGCAGCCCGCAGUUCGACCACGGGAGGUCCAUCUGCACUGCAAGCAUAGGAGCGGCGCCUUCAGCUUGAGAGGAGGGCGGUGGGAUGACUCACGGCAGGGGGAGUGCCCUGCUGACCACUGCCCUCGCUGCAGCUCUCGGUGGCAUCAGGGGGGCCUGGCGCUCCCUUUCCUCGCACCUGCAGCAGCCCCUCCCCUGGGCUGUGGAUAGCUGCAGUUGCAGCGGCAGCAGGGGGGAAUUUUUGUUGGCGCUUCUGCAGAGUGCAAGCAGCUGGCAUGGCAGGGGGAGUGCCCUGCUGACCACUGCUCUCCCUGGAGCUCUCGGGUCGACCAGGGGAGAUCCAGCUGCACGGCAGGAAAGAUCCAGCUGCACUGCAGUGCAGGGGAGGUCCAGCUGCACUGCAAGCAUGGGAGCGGCACCUUCAGCUUUACCACUGCCCUCGCUGCAGCUCUCGGUGGCAGCAGGGGGGCUUGCUUUCCCCGCACCCCUGGGGGGGAGUCUGUCGUCGUUGGCUGUGAAUAGCAGCAGUUGCAGCAGCAGCAGCAACAGCAGCAGCAGGAGCUGAAGCAGCAGGGGGGAGGGUUUGGCACCACUUCAGAGCGCAAGAGGGGGAAAGGAUUCGCAGCAGCAGCAUCAGCAGCAGAUGGAAUCAUCCCCAAUCCCACCGGCAGCAACAGCAGCGGGAGCAUCUCCUAACCCCACCAGCGGCAGUAGCAGAGGGAGCAUCCCUCAACCCCCACCAGCGGCAGCAGCAGAGGGAGCAUUCCACCACUUCCGCCUGCCACUCCGCCAUCCUUCUCUCCACUCCACCACACUCCACCACACUCCACCAUACUCCACCACCCAUCCAGCCCAUUCCACCCACCACUUCCGCCGCGACCCUUCAGCCAUCCUCCACUCCACCACACUUCACUAACAGACAGUCAGACUGACUGACAGACAGACAGUCAGACUGACUGACAGACUGACUGACAGACUGAUGGACAGACUGACAGACAAACUGACAGGCAGACCAACAGACUGACAGACUAACUGGUACACAUACGGACAGACUGUGGGCAGUGGUCCGAGGGGAGGGGCGAGUGGCUCGAGUGUGAGGGAGUGUGAGGGAGUGUGAGGAGUGUGAGGAGAGCUUGAGAGUGAGGCACAAGCGGUAACGGGACAGGCGAGUACAGGUGAGUCCAAUGUUUCCAAGAGGUGUGAGCAGGUGCGUUUUUACCAAGUGCACCUGCAUGGUUAAGUGCAGGUGCGUUGCUUGCUGUUCCUUCACUGCUGCGCCCUUAUAAGGAGUCAAGAGGUGACCGCCUCUUGAAUCAACUGCUGCAGGUGAGUCCAUGUUACACCAGGUGUGCGCAUAUGCACCUGCAUGGGUAAGCGCAGGUGCGUUGCUUGCUCUGCCUUCACUGCGACGCCCCUCACUUCACGAGGAGGCACGAGGAGCAGCGUGCGCCCUCUAACGAUGGUACACCGCUCUUGUGUUGCACCUUUUGUUGUUUUUUUGCUGCGUUUUCUUUUGUUCUUUGGUGCGUUUGUGAGUGUGGCAGAAGCAGGGAGAGGCAAGCGGCAGCUGCAGGAGUGGAGUCGCGGAUGGAGAGGCGAGGGGCGAGGGGCGAGGGGCGAGGGGCGAGGGGCAAGGGGCGAGCAGACGAGCAGAAGAGAAGAGGGCCUUGACCGUGCCUCUGUUCCCCCCCUUGCCUCGGGCUUCUGGUACCCCACUGUCUGUCCACUUCUCACGCCUCGCUUCUCUCAAGCUCUGCCUCUGACGCCAGAGCCCUGACUCUGACCGCCAGAGCUCUGAAUCUAACCGCCACAGCUCUGAAUCUGACCGUCAGAGCCCUGACUCUGACCGCCAGAGCUCUGACUCUGACCGCCAGAGCUUAGAAUCUGACCAUCAGAGCACUGUCUCUGACCGCCUCCGACUCUGACCGCCAAAGCACUGACUCUGACCGUCAGAUCUCUGCCUUUGACCACGAGAGCCCUGACCCUGACCGCGAGAGCUCUCACUCUGACCGCCAGAGCUCUGAAUCUGACCGCCAGAUCCCUGAGUCUGACCGCCAGAGCCCUGACUCUGACCGCCAGAGCUCUGACAGCCGCAACUCUGACUCUGACGGCCAGAGCUCUGACUCUGAAAGCAAGAAGUCUGACUCUGACCUCUGACUCGGACCGCCAAAGCUCUGCCUCUGACCGCCAGAGACCGCCAGAGCUCCGAGCCUGACCGCCAGAGCUCCGACUCAGACCGCCAGAGCUCUGACUCUGACCGCCAGAGCUCUGAGACCGCCAGAGCUCUAAAUCUGACCGCCAGAGCUCUGACUCUGACUGCCAGAGCUUAGACUCUGACCGUCAUAGCCCUGAAUCUGACCGCCAGAGCACUGACAUUGACCGCCAGAGCCCUGACUCUGACCGACAGAGCUCUGAAUGUGGCCGCCAGAGCUCUGCCUCUGACCGCCAGAGCCCUGACUCUGAUCGCCAGAGCUCUGCCUCUGACCGCCAAAGCUCGGCCUCUGAUCGCCAGAGCUCUGAUUCUGAUCGCCAGGGCACUGACUCUGACUGCCAGAGCCAGAGUUCUGAUUCUGACCACCAGAGCUCUGACUCUGACCGCCAGAGCCCUGACUCUGACCGUCAGAGCCCUGGCUCUGACCGACAGAGCACUGACUCUUACCGACAGAGCUCUGACUCUGACCGUCAGAGCCCUGACUCUGACCGCCAAAGCUCGGCCUCUGACCGGCAGAGCUCUGCCUCUGACCGCCAGAGCGCUGAAUCUGACCGCCAAAGCUCUGACUUUGACCGCCAGAGCUCUGACUCUGACCGCCAGAUGUUAGACUCUGACCAGCAGAGCUUAGUCGCUGACCGUCAGAGCCGUGAACUCUGACCGUCAGAGCUCUGAAUCUGACCACCAGAACUUAGACCCUGACCGCCAGAGCUCUGACUCUGAGUGCCAGUGCCCUGACUCUGACCGCCAAAGCUCUGACUCUGACUGCCAGAGCUCUGACUCUGACCGCCAGAGCUGUGAUUCUGAUUGCCAGAGCUCUGACUCUGACCGCCAGAGCUUAGACUCUGACCAUCAGAGCCCUGACUCUGACCGCCAGAGCUUAGACCCUGACCAUCAGAGCCCUGACUCGGACCGCCAGAGCUGUGACUCUGACCU